AUGGGUAAACCAGGAUUCUCACCGAGAGGCGGUGGUGGCGGUGGCCGUGGCGGCGACCGUGGUGGCCGAGGCGGACGUGGAGGUUUCGGAGGUGGUGGUGGUGGACGUGGCCGUGGAGGAUUUGGUGGCGGUGACCGUGGUGGUCGAGGCGGAGGCGGUGGUCGUGGUUUUGGCGGACGAGGUGGUGGUGGUCGCGGGGGUGGAGGCCGUGGCGGUCCCGGAGGUCGCGGUGGACGUGGUGGACGCGGAGGAGGUGGAGGUGGACGGGGUGGCUUCAAGGGAGGCAAAACCGUCAUCAUCGAGCCGCAUCGUCACGAAGGUAUCUUCAUUGCCCGUGGUAAGGAAGACGCGCUGGUUACGCUGAACCUAGUGCCCGGAUCGGAAGUCUACGGAGAGAAGCGCAUUUCAGUCGAGACUGAUGGCGAUAAGAAGGAGUACCGUGUGUGGAAUCCAUUCCGUUCAAAGUUGGCCGCCGCCGUGCUGGGAGGUGUAGACAAAAUUCACAUGCCACCCGGCAGUAAGGUGCUGUACCUUGGUGCCGCAUCCGGUACCACAGUGUCCCACGUGUCCGAUAUCGUUGGCCCGGAAGGUCUGGUCUAUGCUGUCGAAUUCUCGCACCGUUCCGGUCGCGAUCUGCUAAACGUCGCGAAAAAGCGUACCAACAUUAUACCUAUCAUCGAGGACGCACGUCAUCCCCACAAGUAUCGCAUGCUGGUAGGGCUGGUCGACACAGUAUUUGCCGAUGUUGCCCAACCGGAUCAAGCCCGUAUCGUCGCGCUGAAUGCGCACAAUUUCCUCAAGAACGGUGGCCACUUUGUCAUCUCGAUUAAAGCAUCCUGUAUCGAUUCAACGGCCGUACCGGAAGCGGUAUUUGCCGCCGAGGUUAAGAAACUGCAAUCGGAAAAACUAAAACCUCAGGAACAGAUUACGCUCGAACCAUACGAGCGAGAUCACGCAGUGGUGGUGGGUGUUUAUCGACCCCCGCCGAAGAAUGCGGCGUAA